AUGACGAAUUCCCAAAAAUUAUCAUCGCUCAUCGAUUCUAGAAACGGUUUCUGCAAUGCAAACUCGACGUUUUACAGUAAACGAAACCCAUUGCCACUACCGGCGAACACGUCACUCGACAUCACCACUUUCAUCUCCUCUCAACCUCACCGUGGCACCACCGCCUUCAUCGACGCCGCCACGGGCCACCGCAUAAGCUUCUCCGAUCUCUGGAGAGCCGUAAAUCGCGUCGCAGACUGUCUCCACCACGACGUCGGAAUACGGAGAGGCGACGUCGUACUCAUCCUCUCUCCCAACUCCAUCUCCAUCCCCGUCGUCUGCCUCGCCGUCAUGUCACUCGGCGCCGUCGUCACAACCUCGAAUCCUCUCAACACCGCCGGUGAGAUCUCCAGACAGAUUUCAGAUAGCAACCCGAAGCUCGCCUUCACGACGCCUGAGCUGGCUCCGAAAGUACUCGCCGGAAUCCCAAUCGUCCUCCUCGAGCGAGUUGGAGCCACUCGCGGAGUCAGAGUCGUCGGAGUUUUGAGCGAGAUGAUGAAGAAGGAACCGAGUGGGGAACGAGUCAGAGACCGAGUUAGCCAAGACGACACGGCGAUGCUUCUCUACUCGUCGGGGACGACAGGACGGAGCAAAGGGGUGAAUUCGUCUCACGGGAACUUAAUCGCACACGUGGCGAGAUACAUCGCCGAGCCAACAACGGAGACAAAUGAGAUCUUUCUCUGCACCGUUCCUAUGUUCCAUACCUUCGGAUUGUUGAACUUCGUUAUAGCUUCUGUAGCGUUGGGAUCGACGGUUGUGAUUCUCCGGAAGUUUGAGCUUGAAGAGAUGAUGGCGGCGGUGGAGAAAUACAGAGCAACGGUUCUGAUUUUGGUGCCGCCGGUUUUGGUGGCUAUGAUCAACGGCUCAGAUUUGAUCAAGAGGAAGUUUGAUCUGAGCUCCCUGAGAACGGUUAGAUGCGGUGGAGCGCCGUUGAGCAAGGAGGUUACGGAAGGGUUUUUAGAGAAAUAUCCAACGGUCGAUAUUUUUCAAGGAUACGCUUUGACUGAAUCGAACGGCGCAGGAGCUUCGAUUGAUUCGGUGGAGGAGAGCCGGAGAUUCGGUGCGGUGGGGCUAUUGUCGUCCGGUGUGGAAGCUAGGAUAGUGGAUCGGAAUACGGGUCGGGUCAUGGGUGUGAAUCAAACUGGCGAGCUUUGGCUCAAAGGGCCUUCUAUUGCCAAAGGUUAUUAUGGGAAUGAAGAAGCUACAAAAGCAACAUUUGAUUCGGAAGGAUGGCUUAAAACCGGAGAUCUUUGCUAUAUCGACGAUGAUGGAUUUGUUUUUAUUGUGGAUCGAUUGAAAGAGCUCAUUAAGUACAAAGGUUAUCAGGUACCUCCAGCUGAAUUAGAGGCUCUUCUACUGAAUCAUCCAGAUAUUCUCGAUGCAGCCGUUAUUCCGUUUCCAGACAAAGAAGUAGGACAAUGUCCAAUGGCUUACGUGGCACGCAAGCCUGAGAGCGAUCUGUCUGAGAAGCAAGUUAUCGACUUCAUCUCAAAACAGGUGGCACCGUAUAAAAAAAUAAGAAAGGUCGCAUUUAUAGACUCCAUACCAAAGACUGCAUCCGGCAAAACACUUCGCAAGGAUCUAAUCAACAUGGCUACUUCUAAGCUUUAG